AUGUCUGAAGAGAAAGCUACAGCACCAAUGGAGAUCACCUCGACCUCUUCUGGAUCAAAGGAUUUAGAAAACCGCAUUGUCGACGAUGAAGUACGCUUGGAAUUGAAACAUCACUCGCUUGAAGAGAUUGAAUCGAGUGGAGCAUGGUAUGACAAGACGAUUACCGUAUUUGGCAAGAAGCUCCACUACUCAAACGCCAUGGUUCAGAUAUGUAUGUGUGCCUUUGUCAUCUUCAUGACUCCAGGUAUGUACAAUGCCCUUACUGGUAUAGGGGCCUCAAUUUCCGAUAAACCCACUGCCGAUAAUGCUGCAGUAGCAUUAUACUCGACAUUCGCCACUAUCGGGUUCUUUGGUGGUACCAUAUGUAAUACAAUUGGAGUUCGUUUGUCAUUGAUGAUUGGUGGUUUAGGGUAUGCUUUAUAUGCUGGGUCAUUGUUAUCUUUCAACCACAAUGAAAACAAGGGGUUUGUCAUUUUUGCUGGUGCCCUUUUGGGUGUAUGUGCCGCUAUUCUUUGGGCAGCCCAGGGUUUGGUUGUGUUGAGUUAUGCAACUGAGGAAAAUAAGGGGAAAGCUAUCAUGACUUUCUGGGUCAUUUUCAACUUGGGUGGAGUUAUCGGAUCAAUCAUCCCAUUGGCAAACAAUAUUGAAAACAAAGGGUCGUCAGCAAAUGAUGGAACUUUUAUUGCAUUUAUUAUAUUGAUGUGUUGUGGGUCCUGUAUUGCCUUUUUCAUGUUGCCCAGUGCCAAAGUUUGGAAACUGGACGGUACCAAAGUUGCAAGCGAUGAACAUAAGUUCCCCAACUGGAAAGAUGAAUUGAUUGACUUGUUCAAGUUGUUGAUUCAUGAACCAAAGAUUCUCAUCAUGUUCCCCAUGUUCUUUGCAUCAAACUGGUUCUACACUUAUCAAUUCAACAACGUCAACCACGGUAUGUUCAACUUGAGAACUAGAUCUUUGAACUCGUUGCUUUAUUGGCUUGCACAAAUGAUUGGAGCCAUACUUUUGGGCUACGUUUUGGAUCUCAAACGGUUCUCCCGUCCAACCAGAGCCAAGAUUGGUUGGGUUAUAUUAUUUGUUCUUGGAUUGGCCAUUUGGGGUGGUGGUUUGAAAUUCCAAUUAGAGUUUACUAGAGCUGAAGUUGAAGCCGUACCUCCCCAGAUCACUCCCAUGGAUUACAAAGAGGGGCGCUAUAUUGGACCUAUGUUCCUUUACAUAUUCUACGGUGGGUACGAUGCAAUCUUCCAAACUUACACAUUGUGGGCCUUGGGAGCAUUGUCCAACAACCCAAAGAAAGUUGCAUUGUAUGCUGGUUUUUACAAAGGUAUCCAAUCUGCUGGUGCCGCUAUUGCUUGGAGAUUAGAUGCUAUUGGCAUCCCAUACAUGAACUUAUUUGCUUCUUCUUGGGCAUUGGUUCAAGGAUCGUUGAUUAUUGCUAUUCCGCUCUUGUGGUUCAAGAUUACUGAUCACACUGAUGCUAUAGUAGAUGGGAUGGAUAAUGUUGUUGGUAUGGACGAGAUUGAGGCUGUAAAGUCCACUGUUGAGCAUAGAGAAUGA